AUUUACCCUAGGAGCACUAGGAGCAUGAAUCCUCUCACCAAAACAGCAGCUGUCGGGCUUUCGAUUCUGCUCGCUGCGCUGCCCGCGUUUACACAAGGUUCCCAGUGCUACACGUCGCUUCGAUCGCAUGGAGUCGAGGCGCGUCACUGUGAAAAGGCUAUGGAAAAGAUUAUCUAUGAUGUCAAUCAGACUUUGGACGACGUGUCUCGCUCCUUGAUUGUAUUUCACAAAUCAUGUGCGAUCAAUGUGCAAAAGCCAAGACGCUACACACCUACUAGAGGACAGGUUGAAGCAGCAAUCCAUAACAUUACGCGAAGUUGCCCUUCGAAGGGUGGGGUACUCGUCACACCAUCCAAUCUGAUCACCAUCGUUCAUCGAUCGACCUCCAAAAACACCUACGAGAUCAAUAAACCCAUGUGUGAAAAGAAGCGUUGCUCUAUUCCAUCUCAGGAUUGCAUGGACGCUUUCCAAAAUCUUCCCGUGAACCGAAAGGGGGUCCUUCUCGGACAACAAACAUUUUAUUCAUCCAAUGUCACUAGAGGCAAUUGUCUGGUUAAAGUUUCAACUACGGAUUAUGCCCCCUUCAAGACGUCCCAUGAAGAGGUUAAUGGACCCUUUCGCGUCCUGCUAAAUGAGUGCAAAGAGCAUUCGGGCGUGGUUUUCAUUAACGGAGGUACCGCCGGUUACAACGGUGAUGUCCGGAUUUCUAUUCAUUACUUGAAUGAGCAAUAACGCAGUUGAUGAUGAGGAACUGUUGGAAUUCUCGCUGGAAUUCUCCUUUUUUCUUUUCUUUUCUCUUAUCUCCU